AUGACCAUGAAUGGCCACAGCCACCAUACUGUGCACAUCGCUAACAGCACGAACCCUAACGACGAAGACGACGACGACAACGCAUUCUCUCGCUCCUCCUCCUCCGCCGCCGACGACAACAACAACCACCGUGAAGAUGACGACGAAGAACUCGUGGAUCCUGACGAUCCUUUCGACAUUACUCACACGAAGAACGUCUCGCAUGACACGCUUCGCCGUUGGAGACAAGCAGCGCUCGUGCUCAAUGCUUCCAGGCGUUUUAGAUAUACUUUGGACUUGAAAAAGGAAGAAGAGAAAGAGCAAAAGAAACACUUGAUUAGAGCCCAUGCACAAGUCAUAAGAGCAGCACUGCUUUUCAGAUUGGCCGGUGAACGUGAACUAGUGAUAAGUACAGCAGUGUCACCCCCGACUCCCGUUGGUGACUAUGAUAUUGGGCUCGAACAACUUGUUUCAAUGUCUAAGGAUCAGAAUAUUUCUGCUUUACAACAAUAUGGAGGGAUUCGAGGCUUAUCAAAUUUAAUAAAAUCUAAUCCGGAUAAAGGUAUAAGUGGAGAUGAUGCUGAUCUGUUAAAAAGGAAAAAUGCAUUUGGAACAAAUACAUAUCCUCGGAAAAAAGGAAGAAGUUUCUGGAGGUUUUUAUGGGAAGCUUGGCAGGAUCUGACUCUCAUAAUAUUGAUAAUAGCUGCUGCGGUGUCAUUGACACUUGGAAUAAAAACAGAGGGUUUGGCAGAAGGAUGGUAUGAUGGGGGAAGCAUUGCUUUCGCAGUUUUGCUUGUCAUUGUAGUUACAGCCGUCAGCGAUUACCGGCAAUCUCUGCAGUUUCAGAAUUUGAAUUCAGAAAAACAAAAUAUACAACUGGAGGUUAUUAGAGGCGGGAGAACAAUUAAAAUGUCAAUAUUUGAUGUUGUUGUUGGUGAUGUUAUACCCCUAAAAAUAGGAGAUCAGGUUCCUGCAGAUGGAGUAUUAAUCACGGGCCAUUCACUCGCAAUUGAUGAAUCCAGUAUGACUGGUGAAAGCAAGAUAGUUCAUAAGGAUCACAAAACACCAUUUUUGAUGUCUGGUUGCAAAGUAGCGGAUGGAGUUGGUGUUAUGCUGGUAACUGGUGUUGGUAUAAAUACCGAAUGGGGAUUGUUGAUGGCAAGUAUCUCAGAGGACACUGGAGAAGAGACUCCGUUACAGGUACGCUUGAAUGGAGUAGCAACUUUUAUUGGUGUAGUUGGUCUUAGUGUAGCUGUUUUAGUGCUUGCUGUCCUCUUGGGCAGAUAUUUUUCUGGCCAUACCAGAGAUAUAGAGGGAAAUGUUGAAUUUGUUGCCGGAGAGACUAGUGUUGACAAUGCAGUAGAUGAUGUCAUCAAAAUUUUUACCAUUGCAGUCACAAUUGUGGUUGUUGCAGUGCCUGAAGGUCUGCCUCUAGCCGUUACCUUAACCUUGGCAUACUCAAUGCAGAAAAUGAUGGCAGACAAGGCCUUGGUACGGCGGCUGUCAGCCUGUGAAACUAUGGGCUCUGCCACAACAAUUUGCAGUGAUAAGACAGGAACAUUGACUUUAAAUCAGAUGACUGUGGUUGAGGCUUAUGUUGGGAGCACAAAAGUAAAUCCACCAGACGACUCAUCAAAAUUGCAUCCAAAAGCAUUGUCUCUUAUAAAUGAGGGCAUUGCACAGAAUACAUCGGGAAAUGUUUUUGUACCUAAGGAUGGUGGAGAGGUUGAGGUGUCUGGAUCUCCUACAGAGAAGGCCAUUCUUUCAUGGGCUGUCAAGUUGGGAAUGAAUUUUGAUGUUAUCAGAUCAAAUUCAAAAGUUCUCCAUGUAUUCCCCUUCAAUUCUGAGAAAAAGCGAGGUGGUGUUGCUUUGAAACUGGGGGAUUCUAAAGUACAUAUACAUUGGAAAGGAGCUGCAGAGAUAGUUCUAGGAGCAUGUACUCACUAUCUUGACUCAGAUGGUCAAUUGCAAUCCAUUGAAGAGGAGCAGGAAUUUUUCAAGAAAUCUAUUGAUGACAUGGCUGCCCGCAGCUUGCGUUGUGUAGUCAUUGCAUACAGGUCAUAUGAACUACGCAAAGUUCCAUCUAGUGAGCAGGAGUUAGACCAAUGGUCUUUACCGGAAGAUGAGCUUGUGUUGCUUGCUAUCGUUGGAAUAAAGGAUCCUUGUCGCCCUAGUGUCAAAGAUGCUGUAAAAUUAUGCUCUGAUGCUGGUGUUAAGGUACGCAUGGUUACUGGAGACAAUCUCCAAACAGCAAAGGCAAUAGCUUUGGAGUGUGGAAUACUGGCUUCAAAUGAAGAUGCUGUUGAGCCAAAUAUAAUUGAAGGAAAGAAAUUCCGUGAACUAUCUGAAAAGGAAAGAGAAGAUAUUGCCAAGAAAAUAACUGUCAUGGGGAGGUCUUCUCCAAAUGACAAGCUUUUGCUUGUGCAAGCGCUACGUAAAGGAGGGGAAGUUGUUGCUGUCACAGGAGAUGGCACCAAUGAUGCUCCUGCACUUCAUGAGGUCUUUGAAUGCCCAAAGCCUGUGGUGAAUUUCAAGUUUUCUGUUAUUAAUGUUCCCUCCGUUCUGGAUGUAACAAUAAUUACUUUCGAUCUAACAUUUGGAAUACAAAUGCAAUUAGUGGUGAUUAGUGAUGAUGUUCUUUCUGCAGAUAUUGGUCUUUCUAUGGGCAUUCAAGGAACUGAAGUUGCAAAAGAAAGCUCAGAUAUUAUAAUCCUAGAUGAUAACUUUGCAUCAGUAGUAAAGGUUGUCCGCUGGGGCCGCUCUGUAUAUGCAAAUAUUCAGAAAUUUAUUCAGUUUCAGCUUACAGUUAAUGUUGCUGCCCUUGUAAUAAAUGUCGUGGCAGCAAUAACUUCGGGUGACGUUCCUCUAAAUGCAGUACAGCUUUUGUGGGUCAACCUUAUCAUGGAUACACUGGGGGCGCUUGCACUGGCCACUGAACCGCCAACAGACAGCCUAAUGCGCAGAUCACCAGUUGGUCGAAGAGAACCUCUUGUAACAAAUAUCAUGUGGAGAAACUUGCUUGUACAGGCUGUCUAUCAAAUCACGGUUCUUCUCGUUCUUAACUUCCAUGGUGAAAGUAUUCUACCCAAACAAGAAACCAGAGCUGAUUCCUUUCAAGUGAAGAAUACUUUAAUAUUCAACGCGUUCGUCCUGUGCCAAAUAUUCAAUGAAUUCAAUGCACGGAAACCCGAGGAAAUGAAUGUUUUUCGUGGAGUGACGAAGAACAAACUUUUCAUGGGUAUUGUUGGAGCGACCUUUAUACUUCAGAUAAUCAUCAUCCAGUUCCUUGGAAAGUUCACCUCAACAGUGAGGCUUGAUUGGAAGCUUUGGGUUACUUCUCUUGGUAUUGGAAUUGUCAGCUGGCCCCUUGCUAUAGUUGGAAAAUUCAUUCCAGUUCCCAAAACACCAUUGGCUCGUUACUUCAUGACGCCACUCAGGAGGUUUAAAAGGUCUAGGUCUCGUGCUACACAAUAG